AUACCUUUUAGCACUGUCUGGCUGAAAAUCUCGUGAGAACAAAUCUCAUCUUUUGCAAAGAAUAUUCCAAAUUGGCCGUAAAAUGCUCUUUAUAAUGUUAAAAAGACUGUACUGGAGUUAUUUUGAGCUGUUCUUUCGAUCGUAAAAAAUUUGAAACGCCUUCGGCUUGUUUACCAUCUAAUCUCUUGCUGAUAUAUUGUUUUUGCAAGAAUACACUCCAACGUAAAGGUCAUAGUUUUUUAUACCGCACAUGAUCACAUUAUGUUGGCUCUUGUAUGAAUUCUUUGUUUAUUGUAUUCUUCUCGUUUUUUGAAUUAGAUCUGACCAUUGGAAAAAUAAUUCCCUCUUUGAGUCUCUUAUGUGAACUUCUUAAUUUGACAAUGAUUUUUGCUCUAAGGCGGUUCUGUUUCCUUCCCUUACGCGUGAACUUCGCUGAAUAGCUACUGACGCAGUAAAAAAUUGGCUGAAUUUACGCACAGCGCUACGGUAGACAAUAAUUACGCUGAGUAUUCCCGUGCAAACAUCCCUGAGGCAAACGUAAUGGACAGCUAAUCAAUCAAUCUCUUUCACCUGCCUGGUUUAAUGGUAUUUAGAGAUAAGAGAGUGAAAAGGCAUUAAUUAAGAGACUAAAACUCUGAAACCUUUGCUACUUACUCGAGAGGAUAUCAUUGUAACACAGCCAAAGUUUAAACGCUGUUACCUUGCUGAGGGAGUCCGUCAGUGCUAACGUGUCUACGAGCGAUUGGACGAAUUACAUAUCUUUUACAAGGUUUGCAACUGCCACAGUCAUGAAUGCGACUACAAACACUACCGGCUGCUUCAGGGCAAAAUGCCUGUUUACAAUUGGUGAAAGAGUGGCUAUUGUAAUCUUCUUCGGUGUGAUUUUCAUCGCUUCUAUGGUGGGAAACUGCAUCUUAUUCGUGGCAAUUAUUCGCAAUAAGAGACUGCGACGGAGCUCCACGAACUUUUCCUUCCUCAGCCUCAGUUUUGCGAACAUCCUUAUCACAAUCUUCUGCAUUCCUGCUUUCACAAUCGAUGCGUUUAUCGCGGAGAGGUGGCUCUUUGGAUCGAUUGGCUGCAAACUUGUCAGCUUUCUCCAAACAUUGUCUAUAAACGCCGCCAUUUUGACCCUGCUUGUAAUCAGCGUGGAGAAGUUUUUGGUGGUUUAUUUUCCAUUCCAGUUCCGAUCUCAACGAACUAAAGUUCGCUACUUGGUGUUUUUCGUUUGGAUACUUAGCAUCAUCCCUUCCUCGGUAUAUCUCAGUUACAGAAAAGUCAUAGAAAUCAAUGGAAUUCCACAUUGUUACGAAGGGUGGCCGUCGCAUAUGACACAUAAAAUCUUUAAUGUUGUUCAGGCAUUUGUCCUCCGUUUUACGCCCGUCAUGUUUAUGAUAUUUCUUCACGCCCUGACUAUCAAGAGAAUAAAGGCGAGAUUACAGUACCGUAGAUCCAUCGAUGAAGACGGAAGCUUCAGUGAGCCAGACACGGUGCAAAUCAGUUCGCACGCGCUGAAGAUCCGAAAGAAAGCUGUAGUUAUGCUCGUGGUGAUUGUUACAACGGCUGCUGUAACGUUGUUUCCUUUCUACAUCCUCAGCUGUUGGAGAUUGCUUGCUAAUCCCAAGAUUACUGACACGUUCUCUGCCAAUCUUGUCUAUUCGGUCACGUUGUGGCUUAUUUACUUCAACAGCGCAUCCCAUCCCAUCAUCUUCGGCCUAAUGAGCACAGAAUACCGCAAAGCUGCCAGGAGCUCCUUUAAGUCUUUUGUUCGGAAAACCUCGGCUCCAAGCAGGAUCGUCGUUUCGAGCUCGAAAAAGAACAAAGAGGAACCCAUGAUUAUGACAGCACUAGCUUCUGGUUCCGCUUAACCACGGAAAAAAAGGGCAACCAGUUCAUGAAGGUUAAAUUGCAAAACUUUUAUUUCCAAGACAGAUUGGAGCGGAUGACAGAAUUCGAACAGUUAAGAAACUCGAUGUAGCGAAAAAGUUGUCUGUCUUGAGGCUUAAGUGAACACCUUUAAGGUGCUUCAAUGCAUUGUUUGUUCAAUUUACUUUAGGAUCACGCACAGUUUAUUGUUGAAAAAGCGAGAGAUAUGUAAAAUAUUGAAGGUAUGAAUGUAUAGAGAACUUUAAAUUUUGUCAUUAUUUGCCCUCGUAUUUAUUGCUCAAAUUUACGAUCCAGUAGUUCUAAGAGAAUUUUUUUCGAAACAAGCACUACUGGGUCGUUUUGUUGAUUAGAUCAUGGGAUAAAUGAAAAAGAUCUCCUUUUUAAAUGAACUGUAAAACAGUUUGUGACAGCAGCGAGACAUAGGCAUACCAAAUGACAAUGAGACUACCUCGACCUCGUAUCUUUCAAAGACUAAACAAGAAUAAAACAGGAAAAAAUUAGGGUUACCAAGUUGCUUAUUCUUCCUCCCUUUGUAGUUCUAUUUUAAUACUUCCCAAUCAGAUUUGGAUUAUUAUUACUGACAUAAAAAAAAAAAAAAAAAAAAAGAGAUGGAAAUUACAUGAAAGGUUUUCAGUAAAGGUCCAGUUUAUGCUUGGGCGCCAACCAUGAUCUAAAAUGUACCCUGAACUCCGUAGAAAAUGCUCGCAUCAGGGCGGGAAUAUUUCUCUUACUAUAAGCGCCGGAGGAUAUAUGAUGAAACGUUCAUUUUCUUUUCUCUUCCUCUUGUUUAUUUAUGAAUUUUUUUGUGUGUGUGGGUUUUGUUUUGUUUUUUUCUCUUUCCUUUUUUUACUUUGUUUAUCUCUUGAAGUUGAUUGUGGUUUUCUUAAGUUAGCGUACACUUUAAUUAUGAUGUACAUAAGGCACUGCCAUGAGAAUUAACUUUUGUCCGAUGAUACUACAAGGAGUUCAUUUUAAUUUCUGUUAUUUAUCUUUAUUAUCAUUUUUUUUUCAUUCAUCUGUGUGACACAGAAAAAUGAGAUGAGAGUUUCUACCGUAAUUGAUUUUACUUUGCUAAUUAAACAUAAGGCCGGUGAGACACUCAAUUUGUCUCGUGUAAAGUGUAAAGAAAGUUGUCCAUGUAGCCAAUCAACAUAAUCGUUAGAGCUAGUUGAUUAACGUGUGUAUAUAUGAUGGUUGUGCAGGUCAGGAAAUAGCCGAGAAAAUAUAUUUCCGUCGUCAGGGUGAAGUCAGGGAAUUUUUUCUGCCUAGAAGAACAUUUCAAAUUAAAAUUGUAGGGAAUCAGCUCCAACAGAUUUCCUGUCACUCGACAGUCGUGUUCUCUGAGGUCAUUUUGUAGGUGCACUAUCAUUAUCUGUUAAAAAUAUAUCAAAGAGAGAAAAAAAAGAUAGUCGCAAGAGGAAGCUGAACGCAGUUACUGCCUGUUACAUUCUGUAUUUAUUUGAUCAACAAAAAUUUUAUCGACUGUUAGAAAGGAAAAGCAACCCAAUGCCUGCGGCAACCACAUAUACCUCUAAUGUCAAGGUUAGGGUAAGUAAUGCUGUUACGUUUGAAAAGUGUAGUAAAACAGCACUUAAAGAGCAUCAUGCAGAUAUCUUUUGUAAUCUGUCUCUAUGGUCACCUGAAAUCUGAAAAUAAACUUUAAAUAAUU